AUGAAGAUCAAGAAUGGCGUCAUCGGGCUGACCCAGAUGCGAAGACAUCGCCCGGACGAAGCUUCGUGCGAAAGCUUGACAACCCGAAUCGGACGUUUGCGAUGGAGAAGAUGUGGCUCAACCCCAGCUCUAACAAUCUUCGAUGUCUUCGCACCAACAUCGAACUACGAAGGAGAAGAGUUGGAAGCGUUUAAUAUGUAUCUGGAGAGGCUCUAUAGAAAGGACCAUGCUUUCUUCAAGGUCAUCGUCCGUGAUUUCAACGCCAAGAUUGGCCCCAGAAGAACGGCUGAAGAGCUCUACAUGGGGGAUGGAAUGUAA